AUGAGCAAGCGGCGCGUGGCGGUGCCGAAGAUGCUUCCCUCCUCUGCUCUCCGUCGCGUCGCCGCCGCCGCGUCCCGCAAAUACUCGGCGGGGCCGAGCACAACGACGAAAGUACGCCCUCGCGGACCUUUAACAUGCAGGAGAGCGGAAUUUGGGCGGAGGUGGUACUCCGAGGAGAAAGAAAAGGCCAAAGAACCGGUGAGGGAGCCGGAGCCGGAGGUUGAGUACAUCGACGCUGUUCAGCAAAGCGCGUCCGGAGCUCGGGACAGGGCUGCCGUUGGGGUUUUCACGCCAACAGCGGCCGCCAUUUUCGUCGCGACAGGCAUCGGACUCUUUUGGUACUUCAAAUCCGAGAAGGAAAAGUUACAAAAGAAGAAACAGGAAGAAUUAGAACAGAGGUCCUACGGCCGCGCGAAAGUUGGCGGCCCCUUCUCGCUCACCACGCAUACCGGCCAGCCGUUCACCGAGAAAGACUUGCUCGGGAAGUGGACGCUGCUCUACUUUGGCUUCACCAACUGCCCAGACAUCUGCCCUGCUGAGAUGGACAAGAUGGGCGAUGUCGUAGAGCGGAUUGACAAACAGCAUGGCGGAGAACCGCUCCUCCACCCUGUUUUCAUCUCCGUUGAUCCCGCGCGCGAUACGUCGGGACAGAUCGCGCGUUACCUCGCCGACUUUCAUCCGCGCUUCACUGGCCUCUCGGGCGACUACGCCGCGACCAAAGCGACGUGCAAAUCCUAUCGUGUGUACUUCUCCACCCCGAAAGAUGCCAAGCCCACGGACGAUUACCUCGUCGAUCACUCGAUUUUCAUUUAUCUCAUGGAUCCCGAUGGCCAGUUCGUUGAAGCUUUUGGUCAGUCUACGACCGUCGAUGAUAUCGUAAAGAAGUUCGAGAAGGAGUUUGAUGCAUGGAAUAAGGCGCGUGCCGCCCAAGCGUAGAGCCGCUCAGAGGAGCGUAUGCUAGUAUACAACAUUCCGUUUAUCGCAUAUUACAUAGCACAUACCACGUCUAAUGCAGCACGACAUGCAUAUGUAUCGCAGCUUCGAGCAAUCCAUACCCACCAUUCAU